AUGAUCUGUGGUUGGUCUCGGGUUGGGGUCAAAGGGACGCAAAGAUCACUGUCUGGGUGUCUGCAGACCAGGCUGUCCCAGGUGGUACUUUCUGCUGCAGGCAUGGGGGCACUGUGUCUGAAAAAUUCGGCUGUCCUGGGACUAGGGGUAUUGCAGGCAACAAAGGUCUUUUACACAGGACAGCCGCGUCUUGCCUCUGUACCACCUCUUCCCGAAUAUGGAGGAAAAGUGCAUCUUGGGCUGAUCCUUGAAUUUUUCCAGUUCCUUUACCCUAAAACUGGUGUAACAGAACCCUAUGUGUGUGGAACUGGGCUCAGCUUAUAUUUUCCCUCCAAAGAAAUGUAUGCGAUUACCCCAGAGACCUUCUCUACCAUAACAGUAGUAGGGUUGAUUGGCUAUGUGGUUAAGAAAUAUGGUGCUUCUAUUGGAGAAUUUCUUGAUAAACUUAAUGAGCAAAAAAAUUGCUCAACUGCACCAGGAAGGAUACACCUGCUUGCUCAGUCCAUUGUGAGCGCCCCUAUUCUAUGUCAUUAUAUUAAGUUUUUACUUCUCUCUGAAAAAAAAAAAAAUUGCUCAACUGGAAGAAGUCAAGCAAGCAUGAAACAGAUCCAGGAUGCAAAUGACAUGGAGAAGGCACAGCAGGCACUGGUUCAGAAGCGCUGUUACCUCUUUGAUGUUCAGAGGAAUAAUAUUACCUUGGCCUUAGAAGUCAACUACCGGGAAUGGCUAUAUAGAACAUAUAAGGAGGUAAAGAAGCGCCUGGGCUACCAUAUUUCUGUAGAGGACAUGCUGCAUUGCAAGGAAGAAGAGCACAUGACAAACUGGGUGGAGAAGAAUGUGGUGGAGAGCAUUUCUGCACAGCAGGAAAAGGAGACCAUUGCCAAGUGCAUUGCAGAUUUAAAGCUGCUUGCAAAGAAGGUUCAAGCUCAGUCAGUUACGUGAAUGUACCUAUAUCAGUUGAGAUGGCCAGAGAGAGUUAACUUAAAUGGGAAGUAGUCUAUGUGAAGAACUCUUCCUGUAUUGCUGUCUAUUGAAAUUACAGUGUACCUUUCC